CUUGCUGUUAGUAGCACGCUUUUGCAGUUAGCUUUUCCAGUGAUUUUACAUGUAUGUGCGGCCGGAAUUAACCGGAGUAAAAAUAACAGCCUGGUUGUGUAAACCUUUAUUUAACGAUAGACGUUGCUUAUAUAUGGCUGCUGACAUUUUGUUCCGCCAUUUUACCGAAUGAAAAUUCCCCGGGCGUUUUUCUAUUCAUAUUUAUACAAAUUUAAAAAUUACUAUUCAAUAUGAUGGCGUGUCCCUGAACUGACAGAAUUCUACAGGUCUCAAGAACGUUUACACCUGCCGGCCAAAAUGUUGCACCAGCGCGCAGCACGAUCCGGCGCUGAAAUCGAAUGGACGAAUUUAAACCGGAACCGAAAAACGUUGCUGUGCAAUAAUGCCGUAUUUCAUCACUGUCGUGCUCAGAAUAUACGACCAUUUUGAGCCAUCGUUAAACGCUCAGAAGACCAGUGAUGGUCUAGUUGCUGCUGUGGCGCACGCAACCACAAUACAGCCAUAAAAACCUCAACUCGUCCUAAAAAAGGCUAAUUGGACUCGUUACAGAGAUUAACCAGCAACAACAGCACCGAUGGCUUGGUUCGUUAAUCCCCCAGCCAGUCAACUACCGACGGAUGGCAGUAAUCGGAUACUGAAAUUCCGCAGCCGAUUUCCCGAAGUGAAGAACGAGAAUCUGGUCAGAUAUAUUCCAUGCAACUGGCGGAAGAGCGCUAGGAAAUCACUACAUGGUGGAUUAUACUUAACGGAUAAUCAUAUCGGAUUUUAUUGUGCCAGUCGCAGGAAAAGAAAGCGAUCUGAAAGUGAGAGAAAAAUUCUCAUCGACGUACUGAGUGUUGUGCGCGUUGCCAAGAUCCGGUCACUCAGCAUUUUCCCGGAUAGUAUUCUCAUUGAGGCGGUUGGAUCCAAAAAGUAUGUCUUCAGUCAGUUGUUCUCGCGCAACGCCGUCUACAAGACCAUCUGCUCACUGUGCGGUAUUUCCUCGGAUUCCCGGCGCGUUUCCGUCCAGGAUCCGCAUUAUACAAUCGAAGGCGAUUGUGAGUACUACGAUCAUGCCGACGAAGGACCGUUGUUCCAUGGUGACCACGAUGAGACAUUGCACAGUAUCUCCUCCUCCGGAUCCAGCUCCUCCAGUCCGGAUGAGAGUCGGCCCCGCACCAGCAGUUUCAACCGCAAUCUGCAGCGGAUGCUGUCGGUGGUACCGGAGAGUGCGUGCAGCUGCGCCGAAGUGGAUCCCAAUGAAGUGGAUUCCCUGGCCAGUCGGUCCACGACGCGCUUCGUGCCGUCGUCGUACUCGCGGUCCGUUAGUCAGGCGAGCGACACCAGCGCUAGUGUGUCGUAUAACAACCUGGCGCCUCCGCAGUCGCCGUGUGUGGUAACCGAGACGGCCAUCGGGAAACGGAUCAUUCAAGUCAUGACCUUAGUGGCCGCAUUCUUGAUUGUCACAGCCGUUACGGCGUUCUACCGGCUUUGCGUCACCUAUCUCCAAAGCUCGGCUCACGACGAGGCGCAACAAAGAAUGCAUAUGCCACACCUGACUGACAAUUUUGCCGGAUCCGAGCCAAGUUGUCUACCAACUCUGAAAAAUUAUCAGGAUUUAUGACAACUGCAAAAUUGUUGACCGUUUUCAACGACUGGGUGGCUUCGCCGGUUGUUUACCAUAGCGGACCAGCUGAGUUGUCGGCUAGUCAACAUCGAAAGAUACCCCUGAACCUGAUGUUGAUGCCCUAUUGUGUCUUACAACAGAAAUGUGAUAUUGCGCCAAGUGGACCAGUUUAACUGUGCUCGAAGGUUCAUGUCUUCAUGGUUCAUAACACCUUCAUGUACCGGUGAAUUUCUUGAGUUGCGCAGGAUCUUGAUUUUUUCGAGAAAAUGCAAAUUUUUGGAAGCAGAAAACAUUUAUACGAAGGAUAACAUGAAUUUUGCUUUGAUAUCCUAACGUCUGUUGUCUUUUUUACUUUCAUUUUCCGCACACCCUGCUUUGCCGGUUGCGUAUUCAUGCUAAAAAGCGAUAGCUGGCCAUGGCCGGCAUGCUACAGCUGAAUUGUAAUAAGGAGACGUUUUUACAGCCUGA